AUGACCUCAGAGCGCCUCGGUUACCUAUCAAGGUUAUGGGAAAUGCAUCUUCUGGUCACCAACCUUCUAUAUGGAGAGAAGUCCCACUCAGACUCUGUUAGAUCUGAGACAAUUUCAAAUGAGGAGCAGAAUGAUAGAGACUUUCUCACCUUUGAGACUACGAUUCCAGCAAUAUUAGGAGCCACCGAAAAUAUCGGGGAUAUGGACGAUGCUAAACUUAAGAGCGAAGACAAUGGUUGGAAGCUGCAGCAUGCACUCGAAGACAGCCUCAGAACAUUCGGCGCCCGCUUGCCAACCCUGACCGAAGCUAAUACGAAAUGCUCAUCAUCUUGUAGCAAAUUGGAUGAAUCAAUUCAUAAGAUACAUCGAUAUGGCGAGUCAAUACUCACAACGGGCUCCCUUGAUCGUGAGGUGCAGAAUGAACUUCUUCCAGAGUCAGAAAUACAAUGGAGGGAGGGAGUCAUUGGCCUUACUAAGGUAAAUGAGAUGGUGGAGAAGAAGUUACACACAAAGUACUUUGAGCGGCUGGAAGGGAGUUCUAGUAAAGCAUCCAAAGCUUUAAUCGACGCAGAGCCCAUAGAUCUGCCCUUGGACAAUUUGUUUUACCACCUUGUGAGCGGAACAUGCCAUGAUCAAGGUCAUGGAGCCUCACUCAAGCUUUCAGGAUGGGAGGAUAUCAAAGAAAAUAGUGUAUUCCACAUGUUUCUUUCUCCUUGUGAGACCGUCAAAGGGUGCGAAGCCUCCCGAUGCUAUACAUCGUGCACACUUGAAAGACAUGAUGCAAAGAGCCACGGUGGAGACCUGAAUAUUUGCGAAGAAACGCAAGAAGCCGAAGUUCUGAACAUUCCCCUUUGGCUAUCUUUCAAUCAUACCAAUAUGUGGUUAGCCAGCACCAAAGGCCUCGAAAUAAUCAGCCGAGAACAGAGAGAGAACAGAAGCCAAAUUCCACUAGAGCAGUUGAUGCAACAGAGACAAUUGAAGACCUCAGACAUUCACCUGGAAGUAAAGAAGUUCCAUUUGGCUUACCGGUUGGUGUGUUCUCUGCGCCACCUUUAUCUCGGUUCCUGGAUACAACAAGAUUUGACAUUAAAGAACAUCUUUGUUAUGAACGAUCCAAAGGCAACUAUUGAAGAUAUUUUGGCUGAGCCUUAUAUCAAUUGUUUAUUGCAGACCAUUCCAAGAAACACAAACACUGUUAUCAACGACUUCAAUUCAGGAAAACGAAACUUUUCAAGGUUCUUCCUGUCGCUCGCCCAAGUCCUUAUCGACAUCUUCAAGGGCGAGAUCGGACGAUACGAUUAUGGGAGCGAUCUCAAGACAUGGUACGAUGACCUCUCUGAAGAGGCACAAGUACUUCUGAAGGAUGACUUGGUCCAACAUUAUCGAAAGGCCGUCUUUAGCUGUCUUCUAUUUUUCAAGCACUAUCGUGUUGGGGUGGAUAAAACGGAAAAGACUGAAUCAGGGGCCCGACGGGUAAUCCUGGAGCACAUCGUCGCUCCACUUAGGACGAAUCUUGACAUUUGGGAAGCGCAAGUUUCGCAGUGUGGAAAGCCUCCUACACAAAAUAUUGAUCAUGGUGCUCACAGGGCACUAGAUCACAGGCCAGCCUUGCCCACAUUCACGUUGUUCUCUGAUGAAGACGAUAGAAAUGAGAUGCUAAAGUCUAAUCAGCUUAAAACUCGAUCUAAACAUGAUUUUUCAACACGAAUGGAUAGAUUUGUCGAGAGGUAUAUACUCAGAGUGGCUGAAGUCGAUAUCCCAGCAGCUUUCCCUCAUGAAAGAGUCAAGGUCGUUAUCAUUGACACGGGGUUUUGUCCCAAUGAUGACCCGUUUUUCAUCCAUGCUGAGCAGAGAGUUCGUAAUUGUCGAAGCUUUAUUGGUAAGGAGGCUGAUUGGAAUGACAUACACGGUCAUGGAACACAUGUCGCCAGACUGGUGCUACGCUACGCGCCAGAAUGCGAAGUAUAUGUUGCAAAAGUCUCCGACACGCGCUCCUUUUCGGAAGAUCAAGUCGGGCGGCUUGCCAAGGCUCUUGAAUGGGCAGGCGAGCAGGCUGACAUCAUCAAUCUCUCUUUCGGUCUUGGGCAGCAAUGCCCUUCUCCACAGUUGAAACAAGUACUGGACAAGCUUGUGUUGGAUCGCAAGCUAAUAUUUGCAGCUGCCUCCAACUCAGGUGGCAACAGAUCGAGGCCUUGGCCAGCUAACCAUCCGGGUGUUUUUUGCAUUCACGUAACUAAUGAACGCGCCGUACCGAAUCUGAACAUGAAUCCAGUGGCCAAGUCCACUAUGGAUAAUUUUGCGACUCUUGGCGAGAACAUCCAGUCGUAUUGGCAGGGCGAAGAGCGCUGUAUCUCAGGCACCUCCUUCGCUACUCCAGUAGCAGCGGCGAUUGCAGCGAACAUAUUGGAGUUUGCUCGGAGAAAUCUUCGCGCUGACGAAGCCAACGCUCUCCAAGCCUAUGGACCAAUGCUGCAUAUUCAGUCCUUGAUCCUCCUGUCCGAUGUUCUCCCUGCCAUUGGAUCGCAAGAUGUUCUCCUUUUGUAA